AUGUCAAUUUCAUGUUUGACAGACAAUCCUGGUGAAGUCAGUUUCAUGGCUACGGCUCUAGCGCCAUUUGCGUCUACGAAAGAGACUACCAACUAUGCAAGGCUAUGCCGCCUCCUGGUUGAUGUUGGAUCCCAAGUGCUGCGGUCCACUUUUGAUAAUAUACAUCCACCAGCGACUCUACAGACAGUUUUGGGAAGUACAUCUGUGCAUCACGCCACAUUACAAUCACUGUAUAGAGGGAGGAACAAAGUGCUCAAUCCCACGCAAUGGGGGAAGCUGUAUCCUACUCACUCACCCGUGUCCUCUGCAACCUUCGACAUCACACUUCUAACGGUGCUGCUUAGAAACAUCUGUGGUUUGAGCCCUCCUGCCACAGGAUGGGAUCGCCUUCCCCCAGCUGCAAACAUAAGCAUCGCAGAUGACAUCGUCAGAGUGCGGUUUUACAGAAACACCGUAUACGGCCAUGCCUCUCAAGCUUCUGUGGAUGACUUAAACUUCGGUUCUUAUUGGCAGGAAAUACGAGAAGCAUUGGUGAGACUGGGAGGAGCUCACUUUCGAGAAGAUAUCGACAAUCUUGAGUACGACUGCAUGGAUCCGGAUAUCGAAGAGCAUUAUCGUGAGCUGAUGAAACAGUGGAAGAAAGACGACGAAAAUAUCAAAGCCAAACUUGAAGAAAUUGAAGAUUCACUGGGAAAGAUGAGACACCACCUCAAAGACACAACUGAGAAGAUACAGAUUGAAAUGAAAGAGAUGAAGGAAAAACUUGGUAGCUUGAUAACAACAGCGGAAAAAAGGACAGAUGAAG